AAUCGAAUCAAGAUCGUAAGCUCUACAUCCGCCAUAACUACCAACUACCACAUCUUCCAUCUCGUUGUGACGUUUGAAUAUAAUUUUGUGUUUCAAAAAUUGUUAUUUUCUAUAAACUACUUUCACGAACUAAAGGUUAAUUAGUGUUUUAAAAUUUGCUCGAGUCCGGAUAGCGAAAAAUACCAUGGAGUCUCCACGUAAAUUCAACGAUUGUUACUUUUAUUACUAUUCCACAUGUACAAAGGGAGAUAAUUGUGUGUUUCGCCAUGAGCCGUCAGCCUUAGGCUGUGAAACAAUGUGCACAGCCUGGCAACAGGGGAAAUGUACUGAUAAACGCUGUAAACUACGUCACAUGGAGCUUAGGAAAAAUCGUAAACAAAUUCCAUGCUACUGGGAGAACCAACCUGGUGGCUGCCGCAAGAUUCACUGCCCAUUCAUGCAUAAGAACCCCGAGGCACGUACUGAUGGAAUUGCUCCAAGUCAGCCUGCCCCACCUGUUCAUGCUUGCCUAAACGAGAGUGUGGUGGAGCAGCCACCGAUGGGAGCCAUCCCGCCCCCUGCUGUGCCCGCCCCGGUGCCGCUUCUGUGGCAGCAACAAAGACAAGUGGUGCUGGAUAGCACGUUGCUGGGUGUGCCGCGUCACGACGCUGGCGCUCCGUUCGCGCCGCUGCCCGUGGACCCCCUCGUCGUCAACUUCGACGAAGAGUCCGAUAAUGAAAGCGUUCCCUCGUCCACACCCACUAAGAACAUGUCCGACGACGCGCAGAAUAUCGCCCGUUCAAAGUCUCAGGAGCUUCAGCUUCUGGAGAAAAUACAAGCGGAAGCCGCCGCGUUUUACAGCUACGACCCCCUGCCGCCCGUCGAUGCUCCUAAAGAGCGCAAGAUCGUCAGGACGAACCUCUCGUCCAAGUACGACAAGAUAUCGCUGGACGAGAUCUCAGGUAAGACCCCGAACCUCGAACGGAGGGGCUCGUUAGACUUCAAGGUUUUAUCGUUGGAUGAAAUAAGAGCUAAGAAAAAAGAGACGGCAGUCCACGUCGCACCUAUAACAUUAAACUUGACCAGAAAAAGGAAGCUGUCAACCCACGAGGCCCUCACGACAUCCGGUAAUAAAAUUAUCAAAGUGGUGCGUAGUAAUUCCAUCGUUUAUAAGAAAAUGGAACAGAACGCGUCCCCUGUGCCGGUUCAAGCCAAAGUUGAUAAUAAACAAGUGACGGCUUUGAAUCCUAGGAAACGGACAUUGUCGGAGCAGACCGCCGAUGUUUACGAAUCUAUAGACGAUGAACUGAUCGACAACUGUUACGAAUUUAAAAGAGUUAAAAUCACCGAGAGCACCGCCAAACCUAGGCUCAUACGAAAUAGGUUGUGCAGUAGCGGCCAAAGCAAGGAUGUUUCUAAAGACGAAGCGGAUAUCAGCGCAGACAUUUCCGAUCACGAAGUGGAAAUUGUCGAUUUGGUUGUAGAAAAACAUAUCGAUCUAUCUUCUGAUACUGAGGUUAUAGAUGUAGAUUCGACUAAAAUGGGCGAUCCUAUAGACAUUGUCGAUCUGAGCGAGGAUCAAGAAGAAACGGGAUCGUCUAUAGAGCUAGAUAAAAAUGUACCGGACGUAGUGGCCAGUUGUCAUAAGAACAACAAACCAGAAAAAUCGGAGGAAGACAUUAUUAAUGAAAUAGACGCACUAGUCAACGAUGACGGACUGAAAGAUUUUAAUAAUUAUAGACUUGAAUCGACACUAUGAAUUAAUAUAAUUUGACGUGACUAUGAAUAGUUUGGUCAACUGUGUAUAUUGAAUAGAACACUCGAAAAGUGUUAUAGAACUCACAUCGACUGGUAAGAUGAUAGUACAAAUGAUAUUUUGAAAAUUAAAAUGAAAGAUUUCUAUGUGCUCUUUAUUAUAAUAAAGUUUUUAUAGAAUACUCGAAUUAAAAUAGCAAUAAUUGAAAAAACGUAGAAAAAUAUUUUAGUACGUAAACAUUUUGAGAGCAAUAUCUUUUGUAUAGUCAUUGUAAUAGUAGCUGUAAGGAACAUAAAUAUGGUGAGUUCAUUGGAAAUAUUUGCUCAGUGAUGGACCAUUUGAUCUAAAGUAAGUUAGAUCGUGUGUUUAAAUAUUUUGGAAUAUUAAUUAGUAUUAAUAUCUGGCUACGGUAUUAUGUUACCGAAAUUUGAUUUUUAAUUGGCUAUCACGCAGACUUAUUUUUGUAUAACUUAAUAUAACCAUAGAAUGAUGUCAGGGAAAUGGAUAUAGAAAUGGAUGGAUUGCGUGAAAGCCGAUAUGUGUAAGAGGGGAGUGAGCGAAGAAAUUGUAUAUGAUAAAGGAGUAUGGAAGGAGAAAACAUGUUGCGCCGACCCCAGGUGACUGGGAGAAUGGCAGGAGAAUGAUGAAUGAUGUCAGGGAUUCCCCGGAGAAUCGAUAACAACGUUCUCUGCGUUUAUACUGGCCCACCAGCUUUUACUGGUGGUAGGGUUUUUUAAACGCGUACGGAUAGAUACCGCCGCUAUCCUGCGCCGAAGUAGUGUGGUUUGAAUGGUGGAAAAGCCGUCAUACAAUGCAAUGAAUAAUCUUACCUCAUAUCUCUAGAUGGAUGACGACAAUUACUUUGUGCUCCUUAUAAUGGGUAGCUUCAUAGCAUAAUGACAGAGUUUUUUCAGCUAAUUCCAGAUAAAAAAAACUGCGUACAUGCUAAUUGCGGUGGUUAAAUUAGCAAUCAUAUUAUCAUAAUAAUUGUUUGCUUGAUCAUUCAUGAUCUUUUCGCACCUUUAGAAUUAUAGAGACCCAACCCAAAACAUGUGCUUUUUGGAAAAUAUCGAAUAAAUAUUUCAAACCGAAAAGACGUAGAGGAGGGGGACGGAGUGAAAGAGACCGAUAGAUAAGUUUGUCCCUUUAUAAGCUACUUUUGGUCAUUUGAUUAUUAAUAGUCGCUGAAAUAGGUCGUUCUAGGUCAAUUUUUUAUUUAAAGUCGAUAUCCAGAAAUUUCGAAAUAGGUCUGUAUAAUUCUAAAGGUGCGUUUUGUUAAUUUUGUGACGUCCAGUGUAUAGUAAAUAUUCCAAUUAUAGAAUUUAUCCCAUGAAAAAAUAAUAGCAACGAGUUGAAAAAAUGUAUGUAUAGUAUUCGAAUACAAUGAAAUUAUUAAUGCAAGUUUAAACCGAAAUACUCGUUUCACAAUUACCUUUUAAAUUUUAUUAACAAUCCAAAUGAUUAGUUUUUAUCUUUAGUUAUUAUUGUCCGGUUGCCUUCUUAUCAUCAUCAUCCAUCAUACAGAUGUCAAGCAAAGGCAUAAAUCUUAAGCUAUAUAUAACCAAUCAGGUUUUACUGCUGCGUAGGGCGUGUUGUGAGUCCGCACGGGCAGGUACCACCGCCCUGCCUAUUUCUGCCGUGAAGCAGUAAUGCGUUUCGGUUUGAAGGGUGGGACAGCCGUUGUUCUAUAAAACUGACACUCCGAACUAAUGUCUCAAGUUGGGUAUGCGGCAUUUACGUUUGUUGGUGUCUUAUAGGUGAUCACUUAACACCAGUUGGGCCGUAAGCUCAUCCACAGAUGUAAGUAAUAAAAAAAGGAAAACUCAUGGAAGCUAUGGUUUUAUUUUAAGGACUAAUUGGAUUUAGGAACUGGAUGAUAAUAGAGUGGACAUAUUUUCUAAAGUAAUUUGUGAUGUUUUUUUUUGUAAAUUAGUAUUAGUUAUUACAUUAGGUAAAGUAGAUGUAUGUAGAAUAAAUUUUACGAUUACGUACAGAUAUUUCUGUAAGGACAAUAAUUAUUAAUUUUUGAUCCCAUUUUACGUCCGAAAUAAAGAUUAUGAUUGUUGCUCCAUAGAUCCGUUAUGUGCAAGUAAUCUAUUAUUAAUUUGUAUGUUCGAAUUGCAAUUAUUGUUAUAAAAGUAAUAAUUAUUUUAAAUAAUUCUACACUUGAUUUAUUAGUAGUCGAUUGGUUGGUUUUUUUUUGGUACUAAGUCGUAAAGAUCUUUAUAUGUGUGCGGAUCAAAACUAGUUUUUUUGAUACUUAUUCUGAACCUCAACUGUAAUUCGUAAAACGUAAAUAAUAUGUAUGACUGAGACAAUUAAAUUCCAAUUUGUUUAUUGUUUAGAUAAUGUUCGGGAAGUGAUUUUUUAGUUCUCUUUUAAACUAAUACUAAGACGUAUGGUUUUUUCAAACAGUUUCUCUCAUAAUUUUGUCUCCCGGUAUACUUCAGUGUUGAGCCAUGACAAUAAAACGAUCCGUAAGUGUCUUAUUUAAAAUUCAAACUUUUAGAAUUAAAUACGCGAUAGUAAUUAGAUAACACUUUUGGACUUUACUGUACUUAGUACUAGAUAGUUGAAUAGGUUAACAUUUAAGCAUUAUUAUUAAAGAAUACGAAAGCUUUAA